GUUGGUUUUUGUGGAUUGAGGCAUGUUUGCAUCGGCAUGAAGAAGGACCAACCAAUUGUUGGACCCGCUUUAGAGUGCCAACCAACCAUCCAACACGUGACUCUAUCUAAAUCAAGUCCAAACAGGGGUGAGACCGGGUCUCGGUACAAGCUUGUCCACCUAUCCAUUUGCGGGAGGAAGGACUGUUGACAGUCCGUUGUAUCCUCAGACUUGGUGUCCGCAUUGCCUGCCUUUCCGGGUCUUUUGGCUCAAGGGUCAUGAGAUGCUGAGGCGUCCGGACCAUCCUCCGAUUGUUUUCUGCGAGUCUUCAAUUCCAAACUCGAAGAAGACGGCCAUCACUGGGGGGUGACUCGUUGACAGCCAUGGGCGAAUGAUCUCUCAGAUCCGGAAGCUUAAAGUCAGAAGCGUUCCAUGCACCGUGCCCUAUCAGCGGCACUGUACAAUGGCGACAGACCGAACAGAGAGUGCCAAGUCCAACUCUUGGUGCUUGGCCCAGGAGCUUUUUGCUGCGCUGCCCACCUUCCGCCUGAAAGUUGGCGUGAUACACUACAAUGCCCUCUUGGCUGCGUACGGGAAAUCUGCUCACUGGCGGCAAGCGUUAAGUCAUUUUGAGGAGCUCCACAUGAAGACCCAACUGCAGCCAGAUGUGAUCACCUACAAUACCACCAUUAGUGCAGUCAAGCAGCAUUGGCAGGCAGCAUUGUGCUUGUUUCAGGGCAUGCGAAGAUCAAAGAUUGAGCCUGAUGUCGUCAGCUAUAGCGCAGUGAUGAGUUCUUGCGAGAAGGGCGGGCAAUGGCAGCUUUCACUCAACUUGUUUCUGGCCAUGGCCAAGUCAUUGAUUCGGCCAAAUCUAAUUUCUUACAGUGUGCUCCUGAGCUCUUUUGAGAAGGGCGGGCAAUGGCAGUUAGCAGUGAGUUUCUUUGCUCUCAUGGUCAGCUCCCUCAUCCAGCCGAACAACAUCAGUUACAAUGCGAUCAUCAGUUCCUGUGAGAAGGGUCGGCAAUGGCAAGCGGCAUUGAGCAUCUUCCAUGCGAUGCAACUUGCCAGCCACCAACCCGACGUGAUAAGCUACAGUGCAGUACUAAGCUCUUUUGAGAAAGGCCGACAAUGGCAGCCUGCUUUGAUCAUGCUCGAGAACAUGAUUGAAGUGAGAGUCACGCCGCAUGUGAUCAGCUACAACGCCGUGAUGAGUGCCUGUGAGAACGGCCGUCAGUGGCAGCAUGCCUGGAGGACCUUCGAGGCCAUCGUAGAUGCAGAGCUGGAGCCCAGCGUCAUUAGCUACAAUGCCGUGAUGAGUGCUUGUGAGAAGGCUGGUCAAUGGCAAGUGGCACUUUACCUCUUCAAUGAGAUGCCCCAAAUGAAGCUACUGCCAGAUCCUAUCAGUCGGCAGACAGCGAUCAGUUCCUGCGAGAGAGGUGCCCAAUGGCAACUCGCACUUAGCUUUUUUAUUUGAACAAAA